UGUUGUUUCUUUAUUAUAUUAUAUUAUACAGUUAAUAAUUGUUUUAUAAGAUACCCUGGUAUAUUGCAAUAGAAUUUUUUUCUUAAAAAUAUGGAUAAAUUCGUUGUGCGCGAAUCAACAUGGAAAACAAAGACUUACAAUUCGGCUGUGCUGCAAUCUAAGACACGUUUUAGUUUAAAUAACAGAACAAUAAAAACAAUAAAAAAAACUGAUAAAACAAAACCCUUAAAAGAAUUACAAUUUACCUCAAAUAAUACUGAUAAAGAAGUUAUAAAAAUUGAUCGCCGAAUUAGCAUGCUAUUAAUGCCGUCUGAUCAGCCAUUAUUUGAAGUACUAAGUGACAGUGGCCUUAGUUGCAGUUCCAACAGCUCAGAUUCUAAUCAAUUUCAAACAUUAAAACAAUCACAGUUUGUUGAUAACGAAAAUAGUCAACCAAGUCCAUCUAAUAAUAUUGAAAAUAAAAUAACUAACGAACAUAGUGAACAUGGAACGAAAACGAAAUCGAUCCAUACAUUCACAACAAAUGGAGCAUCAGGUUUUCCAACUCCAGUUUCAAGUAUAAUAGUCGACGACUGCAGGAGCGUCAUAUCAAACAUAGAUUUAAAUAGUAAACCAAUAAAUGCACCAAUAUCUAUAACACCAAAAAACAAGUCAAUUAUGACUCGCAUACAACGCGAUGUAAAUAGUCCAUCAGCAACUGUCAGAAUGCGUGCUUUGAAUGCCUUGAAAAAUCCAAUAAUGUCGCCAUAUUCACACUUUGAUGUAUCACUAAGAGAGCAGAGUCUAUAUAUACCCGAUGAACCACCAACUGCCAUGACUGAUAUCAUGAAAGGUGUUGUCGCAUAUGUCGACGUACGCAGUGGCGAAGAUAAUCGAACGGAUGGAAUUAAAAAAGUCAUAUUAUCACUUGGUGCUAAAGUAAUGGGAAAAGUUACAAUUAAUACAACUCACGUUAUUUUUAAAGAUGGCACACUUGCUGCUUACAAGGCAGCAAAACGUUUUAAUAUACCCAUUGUCUCUGUUUUAUGGGUGGAAGCCUGUAAAAAAUUCCGGAAAAUUUGCGACCCUACAGAAUUUCCAAUAUCAGAUUUAGAUCGUUUUGACAAUCCAGAAUUAUAUGAAAAAAGAAAGGUUAGUAAUGAACUUUAAAAAUUAUCAAAACUA